AUGUCUACCCGACGGACGAGAAACGUCCCGGGCACGCCACGAGUCAUUUCUCCGAGCCCGACACGAUCCGAACUCGAUGCGAACGGCGAGGGAUCCUCGUUAUACAAUGGCCCAACAACCCGGUCAGCGGCUCGGAGGCGACUUGCAUCAACUCCUCAGCCUGCCCCCUGGGAGCUAGACGAGGAUGACAGCCCCGAUUUACAAAGAGCCCGGAGCCGGAGCCGCAGCCCCAUCGACACCCGAACGCUGCGCAGGCUCACGACAAGAAAACCCUCGGUCACCACCAACGGCGCCCCGCCCACCACCGCCGCCGCAUCCACCAACGGCCACACCAAACCCGCCGACACAAACGGCCACCUCUCCCCGCCGACCUCCACCACCACCUACUACGGUUGGAGCUGGCGCGACUUCAGCCGCAGCCCGAGCCCGCUGGGCCUGAUCCCCAUCCACCGGCGGUGGCGGGCCUUUGUGCACAAGCACGAGGUGCCGCGCAAGGCGCUCCACGUCUCGAUCGGUUUCUUCGUGGUGUGGCUGUACCUGUCGGGGACGCAGACACGCGCCGUGUGCCCCUACCUGAUGGGGGCGCUGGUGCCCAUCGCGGCGGUCGACGUGCUGCGGCACCACUACGCGCCCUUCAACCGCGUCUACGUGCGCGUGCUGGGCGCCCUGAUGCGCGAGAGCGAGUUCGCCGGCUACAACGGCGUCAUCUUCUACCUGCUCGGCGCCUGGGCCGCCCUCUACUGCUUCCCCAAGGACGUCGCCGUCAUGGGCACCCUGCUGCUGAGCUGGUGCGACACCGCCGCCAGCACCUUUGGUCGCCUCUACGGCCGCUACACCCCGCGCAUCCGCCGCGGCAAGUCGCUGGCGGGCUCGCUCGCCGCGUUUGUCGUGGGCGUGGGCACCUCGGUGUUCUUUUGGGGAUGGCUCGCUCCUACUAAGGGGCCCUUCCCGGGUGACGAGCUCUUCAUGUUUACCGGCGCCCUGAGCCUGCCCCGCGUGCUGGCUGAUGCGGUCGGGUUGGAGCCCGCCGCUGCGACGAUUACGGGCGGGCUGGCCCUGGGCGUCAUGAGUAUGUGGUCCGGCCUGGUGGCGGCGACGAGCGAGGCGAUGGAUGUCUUUGGGUGGGAUGAUAACCUGACGAUACCCGUUCUGAGUGGUGUGGGGAUUUGGGGGUUUUUGAAGGUGUUUGGUUGA